AUGUCGCGGUCCGUUGCGGCGUCUGACCGCUCCUCCGACAGCUCCCCCGACCCAACAGUUUGGCAGCAGCCACGCGAGUUCCCAUCCACCGUACGAAUUGGGGAAGUCAUUCGCGACCGCUACCAGGUCGUUGCAAAGCUCGGGUAUGGCAUGACUUCGACAGUAUGGCUAUCUCGUGAUCUUCGAGAGCGCAAAUACUUGGUCCUCAAGGUGUACAUUAACACCCUGAGGCAUAAUCAAGAGCUCGAAGUUUACCGACACGACGUACUCGUCAUGAAGCCACUAGGCAUGAGUUUGAGAACCUUUCAAGAGAUGCAGAAAAAUACCAUCUUCAAACAAGACCUUGUCUCGGGGGCACUCGACCAGGUACUGCUGGGCUUAAAUUUUCUCCACGAGGCCAACGUGGUUCACACUGAUCUCCAUUCGGAUAACCUACUAAUCGCCCUGACGGACGAUUCAAUUCUCGCCAAGGUAGAAGAUAACGAAAUCAACACACCAUCUGCACGAAAGCGAAUAGGCGAUACGAUUAUAUACGCCUCUCAGUAUGUGUUAGGGGGUGCCGGCCGGCUCACCAUAACGGACUUCGGGCAGGCACGUAUCGGCGUGAAGCAUAGCGGAAACGCGAUGCCAGUGCCGUAUCGAGCACCCGAAGUUAUUCUAGGCUUGCCAUGGGGUCCUGCUGUGGAUACCUGGAGUGUUGGACUUCUGGCUUGGGAUCUCCUCGAAAAAGAAAGCCUCUUUCGAGUGUAUGACGGCGAAUCCGAAGACCGAAAUAACGCCUGCCACCUAGCAGCCAUGACAGCCUUCCUCGGUCCACCACCACCCCAAUUUCUACGAAAGAGCCCUGUGACGAGAAAGUAUUGGGAUGAAGACGGACGAUGGAACGGCCCAGUCCCCUUACCCACCGAGAGAACAUUCGAGCGUCUCGUGCGUGCUCUAGACGGCGAAGACAGAGACCUGUUCCUUAACUUCGUCCAGUGUUUUCUGUGGCUCCAGUAG